AGUAUGGGUGUUCGCUAUGUAAUAGCUGGAGAAUCUCAAUGCGAUUUAUUUGCAGAAAUAUGUUUAGUCGCCGAUUACCUAGCACAACGAUUACCUGAUUUUUGUUAUGAACGAAUAGAAAAACCAGUAACAGAAUGGAAGCCGUGGCUACAAAAAAUUAAUCAAAAAAACAAAUGGCACCACACUGGAUCACCGAUUGUGUGGAAAGAGUUAUUAAUGGCUGGUAGUAAGCCAUUUUAUAUAGGUUAUGCAUCGGAAUUUUUAGAAUAUUGUUACUCAUACUAUAAAUUUGAUGUAUUUUUUGCACCAAAAAGAUUUGAAUAUUUGAUUGAUAGCUCUGGACAAUUUCAAAAGAAACUAAAACUUGAGAUGAAGAGAGUAGCACGAAUUGAUAACUCUGAUUUGAUUGAAAAGUUCACUAAAAAUAAAGGCAUAAUAUGUAUAUCGGGUGCAGGGAAUCCUUUAUCACUCUUUAUAAUAUCAGGUCUUUUAGAACAAGAUGUAAAAAAGAAUAUAUCUAAAAUUUAUAUAUAUGACGAAAAUUGUUCACAAAGCUUAAUGGAAUUUAUUGAACACGAAUGUAACUAUGUGGGCACCGAAUAUUUGGGAAAGAUAGUAAAAUAUGUUGAGAAAAUAGGGGCCGCCUUAACUAGUUCUGACCUUUUAAUAAUUCUCGAUUAUGUUCCAUUCCAGUCUACAUACUCAAUAGGUGAAUGGCUUUAUAAGAAUAAAAAACUUAUGGAAAAUAUUGCAAGUAACAUUAAUGCAACAGCUUCACCCAAACUUUAUGUUGUUUUGCCAAAUCUAGGACCAGCAUGCUAUAAUGCUACUAUAAUUGCUAAUUCAAUAACUAAAAUUAAUAAAAAUAAUAUUGUCGUUGUUACGUCAGACAUUGGAUUGGAAAUAGCAUCAGUGGCUGCAGAAAUUGCUGAAGUACCUUUGAGAAAUAUGUUUUGUCCCCCAGUAUGGGGUUUUGUCGGAAUAAAUCAUUUGGUUGAUAUUCGAACAACUAUACACAAAUAUGAUUCAUUUAAUCCAUAUGAAAGAUACACAAAAGUUAAAAAUUCAACUCUUUGUAUUGGCACUAUUACUCCGGAAAUGCGAACAAUGGAAUAUUUAAUGUUUUUUGAUGAAACAUUAUGGAAUAAAGUGGCUGAUCGAAAAAAGAAAAUGUCGGAAAGACCAAUUUCCAUUGCAAAAGCUGUGGCUCUUUUGAAUUUGAUCAAAAUAUGGCUAUUCGAUCCUAAUCCUAGUUACGUCAUAAAUUUGGGUAUACAGUGUAACGGCUCUUUUGGACUGUCAUUUAAAGGUGUAUUUUCUCAACCCGCACACUUAGUAAAUGGUGAAUGGCGACCAGCGAGUAAUUAUAUAAUGCCAAAAGAUCCACAAGUAAAAAUACAAUACUUACAGCAAAUAGCUGAAAUUGUUAUGAAAUUAAAAAAAUCUGAUUUAAAGCAAGUUGUCACAUACACUCCAUGUGUCUGUAAGCAUAAAUAA